CAAUUAGUUGAUUUAUUAUUAAUUUAUAUUAUGAUUUGCUGAUAAGCAGUCGUCUUUCUGAUCGCGUUCAAGAUGCGCGUUUAUUGCAUUCUAAUUUUUUUAUUCCUAAUAUUCGAGGCAACGGUUCAACUGCCUCAAAAUGGCGGCCCAACGAAAGAAACAGUGUCAGUCACAACGGAGAGACUUAACGCAACGACGCAAGCUCCUGUCAACUGUCAAACGGUUAGUAAUGUUAGCGGCAUUUGCGUUAUAAGAGCAAAUUGCAACUACGGCCCCGGUGCGAUAGACUUCACGCUGUAUGCCCCCCACUGGUAUCAAAGGUCGUGCAAAGUGGACGAAGCCUGCUGCCCUUUUAAAUAUCUCAUCGUGGAAUCACAAGCAAAUGAAGCUGUAAAUAAUUUCGAAUUUGAUGAGGACGAUUAAUUAAGUAUUUUAAUAAAAGAUUAUUUUAUUUUGUA